UGGCGGUGAGUUUGAAAUGUCUAUGAAUACACUGACCGUUUUCCGGGCUCCUCUAUUGUCGACAAAAUAACUGUUCCUCAAGAGCUAGAUACGAUGGGAGUUACUGAUCUGUGGCCCAUUUUAGCACCGGUAAAGAGUCAUAAGUCGCUGGACGAACUAAGGGGUCAGACGAUCGCUGUCGAUCUAAGUGUAUGGAUAUGCGAAAACCAAGGUGUCAAACAGAUGAUGGGAGUAGUUACGAAACCACAUCUAAGAAAUUUAUUCUUCCGAGCAUCACAUCUUACAAGGCUAGGAAUAGAUUUAAUAUUUGUAAUUGAGGGGGAACCUCCCGAUUUGAAGUGGGAAGAAAUGAUGAAACGAACUGAAGCAAGGUAUGGAAGCAGAGGCGGUGGUUAUAGAAGAGGGAGAGGAGGAGGAGGAGGAGGUUUCAAGAAACCAAGCAGAUCUCACUUUAAAGGUCUACUCAAUGAAUGUUGUACCAUGUUGGACUAUCUUGGUAUUCCAUAUCUUCAAAGUGCUGGUGAAGCUGAAGCCAUGUGUGCGUUAUUAAAUGCUGAAGGGGUGGCAGAUGCCUGUAUUACACAAGAUGGUGAUGCUUUUCUUUAUGGUGCACGUACUGUCUACCGAAAUUUCACAAUCAACACCAAGGAUCCAAGUGUUGAUUGCUACUCCAUGGAUGAUAUCGAGAAGAGUCUUAACUUGAAUCAAAAUAAACUUGUGGCCCUAGCAUUGUUACUAGGCUGUGAUUACGUACCCAAAGGAGUUCCCGGAGUUGGUAAAGAAAACGCUAUGAAAUUGAUGCAGUAUAUGGGAGGUGUUGAUGUUCUACAAAGCGAGGCUGUGCCCCUGGAGGUCUUUCCUCCUAUGGGGCCCGCGCUGGGUCUCGUUGUGGACCCAUCCUCGCACGGCGCCGGUUUUGCCGCUGAAAUGAGGACAUUGGUCGAAGGUCUGUCAGGGCAAAUUGCAAUCGUUGGCUACAGAUUUGAGGAUUGGGCCAAAGCUAAAGGCAAGGAUUUAGAUACAGGUCCAAAAUUGUCUAAGUUACCCCACUGUGGUACUUGUCACCAUCCCGGAUCCACAAAGGAACAUGUCAAACAUGGCUGUAAACUAUGUGACAGUACAUCAUAUUGUGAACCUCAACCGUAUGAUUUACAGUGUCCUUGCGAGUGGCAUCAACAACAAACAGAACUCAUGGCUACAACUAUUGAGAGGGACAUAAAAAGAAAAGCACUGACAGUUAGUGACUUUCCAAACAGGAAAGUGAUCAAAGAGUUCUUGGUUUCCAAGGAUAUAUGUCCAACUCAUACGAUGAAAUGGAAACGUCCCAUAUUGUAUGCAUUACAGAAAUUCAACUACAUGAAAAUGGAGUGGCCUGAGGAGUACACACUGGAGAAGGUUGUCCCUUUGAUUACACUAUGGGACUUGAGAGAUAUCAUAAAAGGCGGGAGUCCAGUAACCGGGAAACAUUUAGAACCAAUUAUUAUUGUGAAAACCAGAGUACAAAAAGGUGUGCCAUGUUUGGAGGUUCAAUGGAAAAAACCAGAUAAUGAGCCAGACAGCGAUGAAUCCAAGAAUGUCUACACCACGAUAGAGAUAGAGGAGCUCUUUGUAAGAGCAUUUCCUCAGAUGGUUGCCGAUUUUUUUGAAAAAAAGAAAAGCAAACCAAAGAAAAAAUCUUCUAAGAAAAAUGCUUUUACGGAUCUUGACCUUAAUGCAGCAAUAGCCAGUAUGGAAGCUCUAACCGUCAAUGAAGAUGUCUCUACGAUGAGUUCAGCCAUUGCCGUUAAGGACAGUACAUCCAAGCCUUCAGAGACAGAUAGAAAAAUAACACCAAACAAGAAUGUGGCCAAUGAAAAUGUCCUCCAUUGUAUUAUGAGUCCGUGUUUUGAGAAGGAUGAUGGUUGUCAUGGCAACGAUGCACAUUCCAAUGGAAGUGAUGAUGACGACUUAUGUGUCCUAUCACUAAGUGACAGGUUAAAGGUCAGACCAUCAGAAGUCGUUAAAGACAAAGCUGAUGUUAUGGUUGUGGAUUUGGAAGCCGGGGACAGAUGUAGCCUGGAAGACAGAGAUCAUGACCAAUCAGGGAGCAAUAUGGUUGCCAGGGAACGAAUUGCCAAUGUCAUCCAUUUUCUUGAAGACAAAGACAGUUGCCAUGAUGAUGAAAGAAGCCAAGGUGAAGGGGAAGUGUGUGAAUUGCUUGCAUUGAUUAGGAAAGACAUUUUCAAGGAGUCAGAACCAAACAAAACUGAUUCUGACUAUAUGCUGGUCAAGCCUCUAAGGAAGUAUCAAAGGUUUCAGUCAGACAGUAACUUAGUUGGAAAAAUGAAGAAGAAAAAAGGGAUCAUGAGGACACAGUCUGCCAGUACUGUAAGUGAACUCUUAGACUUUGAAGUAAAAACAGAAGGUAACCAUGGUGACUUGAAUCCCCACAAAGCUAAAAGUAGACUUGAUGUGUUAAAUCCCCUUCAAGUUAAAGGUAGUCACUUCGCUUCAGAUCUCAAUGUCUGUGUAGACAACCCACCAAAAAAUUGCGAUAAACUGCCUUCAGAGCCUUCCGAGCCUUUUGAGUCUGGAGUAUUUGAAGAAUGUACAUCAAGUGAUGACAAAGAAAGGAACAACCAUCCUGUUUCUAUUCUUGGUGAUAAAACCAAAACAUGUGAAGAUGAAUUCUGUGUGAAACCAGUCAAUAAGGAUAUCAAGUGUAAGCUUAGUAAAGAGAAUAUUGCUGAAAACAGUCCGUUGUCAUUGGCCGAUCGACUGAAAAUGAAAAACAAUGGAGUGUUGCUGAAUUGCAUGAAAACAAUGACAUUCAAGAUAAAGCUCUUCCAGAUCACAGCAAUAAACUAAAACUGCUGAUGGAUCUUGAUUUUUCAGAUGCGGAUGACAGCAUUGUGGGGUUGGAUUAGAUCUUAUAUUUGAUGAUUUAUUUACUCCCCCUCUUUUAUCCUACCCCUCUGUAUUGCACUCAAUUUGUCAG